AUGCUCGCCCGUACCCUCCGCGCCGCGGGCACAAGUCCCACACGUGCUCAUCAACAGCUCCGAACAGCAUGCUCCUCCUCCUCCUCCUCCGCAGCCGAGACCCUGUCCUCAAGCCCCAUCCGCGUCUUCCGUUCCGUCUCGGCCCUCCGAAACUGGCGCCGCCCGCACGUCGUAAACUACCGCUCCGUCGGCCUCGUCCCGACAAUGGGCGCCCUGCACGAGGGCCACCUCUCGCUGAUCCGCGCCGCCGCUCGCGAGAACCACCACGUCGUCGUCUCAAUCUACGUCAACCCGGCCCAAUUCGGCGUCACGGAGGACCUGGCCUCGUACCCAGUGACUUGGGCGCGUGACUCCGAGGUCUUGCGGAACCUGGACCGCGAGCUGGCGGGCGACGGCGGGAACCUGGGGCGGGUGAGCGCCGUGUUCGCGCCGACGACGGACGAGAUGUACCCCUCGGGGUUCCCUGGCCAAGAGGUCAACAGCAAAGGGAGCUUCGUCACGAUAACGCCCGUUGGAGAGGUCCUCGAGGGUGCCAGCCGGCCGACGUUCUUCAGGGGCGUCGCGACAGUGUGUAUGAAGCUGUUCAACAUUGUCCAGCCGGAGCGUGUGUACUUUGGCCAGAAGGAUGUUCAACAAACCGUUGUGAUCCGGCGCAUGGUGGAGGACUUCAUGCUGCCCAUCGAGGUCGUUAUUGGAGAGACGAUGCGCGAGGCGGACGGCCUUGCACUUAGCUCAAGGAAUGUGUACCUCGGCGAGCGGAGACGAAGGGUCGCGACGGUGCUACACCGCGCGCUCAAGGCAGCCGAGGAGAAGUACCACCAAGGCGUGUUGGACCGGGAAACAAUCCUCGGCGCAGCCAACCAAGUCGCAGCCAACGUGCUGUCGGAGCAGUCGAAGCUGGCGCCCAAAGAUAGGGUCACGUUCGAGGUGGACUACAUCUCGCUGGCUGACCCGGAUUCCAUGCAGGAGAUCAACACGGUCGUCCCGACCAAGGGCGGAAUUCUUAGCGGUGCGAUCAAGAUGCUGCCGGUGGAGGAGCCGCAGCCGGGCGAAGACCUUGGUCACAGCGGUGGGCCGGUGGUGCGCCUUAUCGACAACAUCAUUCUCAAGCCUAAUACCCAGUAA